CCCCGGAUGAAUACGAGGCCGCUUGGCACCUGGCAGGCUCCAGCGACGACCCCAACAAGCGAUUUCCCCCGCCUACCUGCGAGAUGGACAUUCUCGUACAUAAAUAUAAAUACGAACGACCCCUGCAUCGUAUAGGCUUCACAAAGCCGGACAUUUGGGAAAAAUUUCCUGGUCAUGCCAAAUACCCCAGGCUUGCUAGCACUAACAGUGCUGUGCAACACAAUAUGCGCAGACUCAAUCCUAAACUCUCUCCAUCGGCGGGAUCUGAAGAGUCUCCGAAUUACCUGCCGCGCUCUGGACGACAUCGUCGUCGAACAAUCCCACCUCUUCCAGCGCGCCUACAUAUCAGCCGCAAAAGCCGACCUACACGUCCUCGAAGCCAUAUCCACGACGCCACGACUCGCAUCGCGCGUCACAGAACUAAUCUGGGACGUGAGCAUGGACCUACAAUACAUCGGCCAAAGCGAAACGGCAAUACCACUCGCCCGGGACCGCGACUGGGACGCGACAGUGGCGUGCACGAUGGAUGAGUACGCCAAGGUCCUCUGCAAGGGCGAGGAUUUUCGCGUUCUGCUGACGGCUCUUCCUCGGUUCCCGCGGCUGCGCGGGGUGGUGUUUACCGACCUCAUGUCGGAGUGGGCGGCGAUUCCAAAGGAGGAGACGGCGACUUUGUAUCGCACCUCUGUUUUACCGGCGAGGCCGGGGAUGCGCUCGUAUGAGUCGCCCGCUAUGCGGGAGUGGUCGCGUGUGAAGGUUGGCGGGCUGGGCCCUGCACGUAUUCCGUGGAGUCCAGAGCCGGAUGCGGGCGUGUAUGGCGAGUUGCAGAUGUGGGCUGAAGGGUUUGUCAAGCGAUUGAACGUGACUAUGAGCAAUAAUGAGGGCCCGAGUAGUGAUGACACGACACCCGCUUUGGAUAUAAGCAGUCUUCGCAACAAAUAUUACAGGGGACCGAUCUUAGCAGUGGCCGCAUUCCAUGCGCACGGUCGGCGGCUAAAUAGCUUCGCCGUAGAAGCCGCGCGCGGGGGCACAUAUAGCGAGUUCUGCCGGCGGGUCUCGCACGUCGCAUGGUUAGCGGGUCAUCCGUGCUUCCAGGGUCUUGACGUGCGUCGCCUUGGUGAAUUCACUGGACUAAUCGAUGGCUUCGCCGACACGUUUCGUUCUGUGCGGCGGCUCUGUCUCUGCCUGGAAAAUCGGCACGAUGAGGGGAAGGAGUCGACCUGGAGGCCGUACGUAGACCGGCUGUUGGUAUCAGCCCAUGAGCUGCGCACGUUGGAGCUGAGGAUGAAUAAUGGCAAGGAGGAUUUAUCCGAGCUUCGAUUGCCGAUGUUGCCGCGUCUCCAGUCUUUGGUAUUGGACAGCUUCUCCAUUGCGAGGGAGGUACUCUCCGACUACUUGCUUGAUUGGAGUCGCAGAACGGGGCUGCAGGUUCUACACCUUGUUGACUGUCGGAUCUUGGUUCCGCGUGGGACAUCGGAAAUGGACGUUCUGGGCAUGUUUCUGGAUAUGGAUAUCACCACGGAUGAUGAUCAGCACCCCUCACCCGUCGAGGAAAGCGAUAUCUGCCUCAAUAUCCACAUUCCGGACGACUCAGAAGCAUCAGAAUCCGACUCCGAAGAUCCACCCCCUUCCCCUUCCCCACCAGGCACACCUAUCCCCUUCAACGAUAUCGACUUCGGCCCCGAACCCCCCUCCCCCACCUUCGACUACAACAACAGGGAAACCGAAGACCCAAACGAUCCAGAGUGCCGCCCCUGGUCAAGAAGAAUGUGGAACGAGCAUCCGGACGCGCAGUUCGCGGCGCAGGACCCGCGCUCGUGGGCCGACUUCUUCGAGCAGGAAUACUGGAACGACUGGCACCGGUUCCAGGAGGCGAAGUAUGACGGCGACUACGACGCCGAUACGCCGGAUAUCGAGGAUGAGCUGCCCAUUCCGCGGGUGCGGGCUGGUCUUGCGAGGCGGUUUGGGUCUGCGGGAAAGGAGUCGUUUGAGUUUGUUGUGCCUGUUGCGGCCCUUAGUGGAGGCAGCGCCGGAGUCGCGUGGGGCGGUGACGGCGAGCGUGGGGACUGGAGAGCCCAAGGGUCGAGGAGCGGGGAAGUUAUGAGGAUUCUGAUUGAUAAUUUCUGCGUAGAAGCCCUUGAAGGCGUCGAAUCUUAGAGAUCUUGGGUUUGUUCUGUCUCCAGGCACGGCCGGCGGCGAAGCCGGGGAGGAUGAUCGGUCCUGGCGCGACCGUUCAUGGCUCCGACGAAGCGAUUGUGACAAGUUCAAUUCAGGAUACGAGGCGAUAGACAACGGUAGAGAGCGUGAAUUUGACGAACUGGUCGCAGAAGUGACGAUUCAAUCUGGCUAUAACUCGCGUACGAUCGCGGGGAGAAUUCCUUCCCCUGGACAGUGAGCCUGAGGUUUCCACGUCGUGACACUGCAGGCCCAGCGCUCCGACAUCAACCUCUCGAAUUCGGGGCGUAGUCUGGCCAUUCAGUUCGUCGUAGAUACCUUGUGCACUACUCUGCGUCCCGAGUAGGUCCUCUAUGCGUGGAAACAUAAGGUCAAUGGCUGUCGCGGUUGACAGCUUUGUGAGCCGCACGCAGCAUCCGCGGAUGUUGGACGUCGAAACAAAAGCACGUUGAAACAAGAGGAAGUCUUUACUCCUUGGAUGUCUUUCUCUUGCUGUCAUGUGGGUCAAUAAGCCAUAGAAUAAGAAACGUUACCGAUCUUAGGAUUGACGAAACAUUUCACGAUGGGCCAAUUCAGUUCCUUGCAACUAUGAAACGCACGACUUAUUGAUCAAGUCCAGUCUCCUCUCCCCUUCCUUCUUGCACUGGGCAAGUACAGUAAUAGGACAUCUGUAAGAAAAGCUAACGUUGCCGUAGAGAAAGUGCAGAGUUGGUGCCAUGGGACGGAGGGAACUAAGUACAGAGCCAUUUCAUCUUGAGUUUCAUCUAGGUCGAUCAAAUACAGCGAAUAGAUCGCAAACCCCUAUACGAACCCAACAAUUCUGUGCUCGUGAGCAACAGCAGUGAAAGAAGCGCCAUUAUGGAUAAUCUAC